ACAUUCUUCCCGAUUUGGGGUGUCAAUAAUGUGUCAUGUCAUGGGUUCGAAAGAAGGCCAUCCUACGGCAAGGCGACCCGGUGCUCUAGCAAGGCAAUUUCCAGCAGGUCCAUCUCGCCGCCCUGGCCAACCCUAGAGAGGACCAGAGGACGUUGACAUGCUGCCUAAUCCGGGCUCUGUGGGUGGACAAGCGAGAAAUAGAGACUGGUUAUCGAUACACGUAGCUGGGUGUGCCAGGCCAGGACUCGGAUUUGCUCGCAUGCCUUUCUUUACCCAAUUUCUGACUGACCCGGCCCGGACUCAGCGCAUUGUGUACCGCCUUAGCUUCAGGUACAUGGCCAUACAUGGCAAAGAAAGGAAGAAAAAGGGCACGCACCACGUCCAUUCCAGGUUAUCACCUCGGGUUGUCUGUCUUCGGUCUCGGGCUGGUAACGACGCGAAAUGUCCAUGCAGAGGGCAAAGUGGUAGCAGAUUGGUUUGGGGUAUCCACAGAAAGGCUGGAGGAAGGACAGACCCUUGCUCCUAUUUCCAUACGGGGCAGCAAACUCCAGGACCCUUUUUUCCGCAGCAAUGUGGUGGGUGUUUUAUUUUUUCCUUCUUUUUUCUCCUUUCUCUUCGCUUGCUUCGUGUUCGUCGCCUCCGUCAGUUGUCUGUCCUCGACUGGACUUGCCAUAUAUGGCACCCAUGCAUAUUCCCAUGGUGCGUUGUGAAACUAAAUAUGGUCGUCAGUGUCGCGUCGCCCUAGGUCUUUUCUCUGGUUGUCUGGGUGCUUUAGGAAGGCUCCUUUCCGGUACACUACAUCGGCAGGCUGUGUGGACGUGCGAAUUUACAUACAACCGGGUGGGUCGACGGGUCAACUAGGUACGUCUUCCUUACGCACUUUUGGCAGUCGAGAGUCUUC